AUAACGCGGUCGUCACUAGUUACCACAACCACAAAGUCGUAAACCCCGCCUAUUUCUGAAAUGUAUCCUCUUAAAAUGUGAUUUUAAAUCUAACCCUAACCUUAACCACACUGCUAACGUUAUGCCCAACACUAAAUUUAAAUUAAGACCAAAAAUCACAUUUUUGUUUCACGAAUUUUUACGAUAUAGCCAAUUAUGACUUUUUGGCUUUGGUAACUAGUGGAAUCCCUCGAACUCACUCACACGGUCAGUAUCUGUCGGGGAGAGUCGCUUUCAGCAGAACCGACUGUUGUGUCUGUGGGAUUCAUUUCAAUGAUGAGCUACAGACAGACACGUUUUCCUGCAUCUCCCAUUCUCUAUCUAACUGCAGUAUAUUCGUGUAUUUGCAAGCUUGCGGUGGAUUCUAUCAUACUGUUGAGUCUUCUACGGGUGUAGUCAGAGGCAACGGACCGCCUGAACUAAACUAGCCGCUGAAGUCUCAUCUCGGCGGGGGUCGCAUUUUGUAUAGCACCCUGGUUCAAAUAACCCCCCCAAAAACAAAUAAAUAUGGAGAAGUUGGAAAAUGGAAACAGAUCAGAGGAAAAGUGUGAAUUUCACGAGGAGGAAGAGUUGGACCCCAGGAUCCAGGGGGAGUUGGAGAAGUUGAACCAGUCUACAGAUGACAUCAACCGCUGGGAGACAGAGCUGGAGGACUGUCGCCAGAGGUUCCGUGCGGUGCUGGUAGAAGCCACAGUGAAGCUGGAUGAGCAGGUGAAGAGAAUCGGCAGAGCUGUAGAAGACUCCAAACCUUACUGGGAGGCCAGGAGAGUGGCUAGACAGGCCCAGCUGGAGGCCCAGAGGGCGACGGGGGAGUUUCAGAGGGCGGUGGAGAUCCUGGGGGCGGCUAAAGAGACCAUCGCCCUGGCAGAGGAGAGACUCCUGGAGGAGGACAGCAGACAGUUUGAUUCAGCCUGGCAGGAGAUGCUCAACCACGCCACCAACAGGGUGAUGGAGGCGGAGACGGUGAGGACUCGUAGCGAAUUAGAGCACAGAAAGACGGCGAACCACUAUAACGCCUGUAUCAGUCAUAUGAGACAGCUGGAGAAGAAACUAAAACGCACCAUCAACAAGUCCAGGCCAUAUUUUGAACUGAAGGCAAAAUACUACCUACAACUUGAGCAACUAAGACAACAUGUAGACAAGUUUCAGGCCAAGCUGACCGCUGCCAAGGCAGACUACAGCACAACGCUACAUAACCUAGAGACCAUCUCCGAGGAGAUCCACUCCCGGCGACACUCCAUCACCAUGGGAACCAGAGGGAGGGGCGUGGGGGCUGAGGGGGAGGGGGGAAAUGAGGACAUCACCAACUUCAAGAUGGAGUCAGACGGACUGUCCUUGGCAUCUGUGACGUUUGAUGAAGGCGGAAACUGUGGUGGAUCAGAGGAAGAGACAAAAACACACUCCACUUCCGCUCCCCUCGAUAUGCCCUCCUCUUCUCUCCAUGCCUACCCCUCCACCCCCCUGGACCUGCCCUCCUCCUCAUUCUCCACCCCCUCUGCCUACCUCUCCCCCUGUCCAUCCCUUAUGUCCUCGUCCUGUCCCAAUGCCAUGGAGGGACACAGUCCAGGCGGCUGGCUAAGCCCAGAGUCGAGGUGUGGUUCUCCUCUCCUCGGUCCCCGCUCCCAGUGCAGUGGAGCCUCCUCCCCAGACUGCGACCAGGAAAGAGGGGACAGAGCAGAGGGCGCGGAGCAGAAGUUGGAGGCAGGUCUAAGUAAGCUGACCCUAACACUAACACACCCACUUCAUCCAGGGAACGACGACUCCAAGGAUGACCCCAAGACAACCUCCAGCUCCGCCACUACAACACAUAUUCCCAACCUUACCAUCCUCCAGACCAACAGCGCCUAACGGACAGACAACUUCACCUCUUACCCUUGACUCAUGACCUUUAAGCCUAAACUCUAACUGAGCGUUUCUAUGAACUUCAGUAACAUUACAAUGUGUUUUAUUCACUCCAGGGACAAAUCUGAAAUCACAACCUAUUCCAUGCAUAGGAAAUAAGGAAUAGUGGCAAUAGGGUGCCAUUUUUGAUCUUGCCCAGAACUGAUCUGGAAUAACCUGGAAGGGGAAAGAGACAUUGCUAUGGCUGUGUCCCAAUCUUCCAAAAAGGGUGGACUUGCACAAUCACUGUCAUGGAUUUAAAAGCUAUUGAUUGGUGUAAGCUGGGGGGAGUUUCUACUAUUGUGACAUGUUGGAAUGAUCCUGGAAAGAGAUAUGUAAAUAUGGCUGUUGAGCCCCCCGGCUCCCCUGAUCCCACAACGUGUGUGAGGGGCAGAGGUUACUGUGGUCUCAGCGCGCGCGUGUGUGUGUGUGUGACUGGGGUUGUUACUGCAGUUUUUCUCCCUCACAUAGACUGACCGGGGUUGUUUGCAAUUACUAUGUGUUGUACGAGUUUGUGUGUGUCGCUAUGCGUGGUAGGUAGGGCGACAGUGUGUGUAGAGACUGUUUCAGUGCAGUUGUAGUGUUGGUGUAUGACUCCUGUAUGGUGUAUGGGGAGAGUACAGCCUGACUCCAGUAGAGAGAGUCUAUGUUUAUGCUCUGUGUCUCUGACCUACACUAUGUAUCUGUUCUUAGAAUAAAACACGUCCUGGCACUUCA